AUAUCAACGAAAAUUCACGAUGAAACUGUUACUAGUUCUACUUUUCGUGUACGUCGUUUCCGCCACACGAUGCAUCAUCAGAGACGACAAGGACGAGCCAGAGGUUCACGUGAUCCGCUUAGGGGAUCGCAGCAGUGGAGAGUCAGACGAGUCGGAGGUCGUAACCUUGCACAUCCCGGACAGCCGUCGCAAGCGGGCAGCUAAUGACUCCUGUAAAAAAGACAGCGACUGUUCCGCGGGAAAGCUUUGCGUCCCUUAUCUAGGAUGCAUUAGGGGACACCGGAAGAACCCCACCUUGCAAAAACAUUCCAGCAUGAAUCACUUGGCUAGCAAAGUUCAGUAAUGCAACAACCGAGAAUAUAACUCUAUAGUAAAACAACCUGUACUUGAUGCACUUUCGAUAAUAAAAUAAUUACCAGCAUUACACAUUUUUGUAAUAUAAUUUAACAUCCUGCUCCCUAUAGAAAAAGGUAUCGAUGCGGAUAAGUGGGAAAGAUUUUCACAGAGAGAAAAUGGACGUACGGUGAGACGGAUGGCGCGAUACGAUCGGGUCUCGUUAACGCGAAAAACGGAAGAAAGCGAACGUGGAGCGUAAGAAACGAGAGGGCAGUCAUCGUAAAUUUAUCGGGAACAACUGGCUGCUUGGCAGAGAUCCUCGGCUCCGUCUUAACCGCAAUCCCGUGGAGUCGGUCGAGGAAAAGGUAGCGUGAUUCCAUAGAUUUACAGUUAAAAUCAAUUAGGCUCUAAUUGGCUUCGAAAGCUUUA